UGUCAUUAGAAUAUUUUUGUUACCUACAUUUUUAAGUAACCUACGUUAUAUUGUCUUGGUGUUAGUAAUUGAGAUCAAAAUGUUUAUAAAGACGCUUAUGAGUGGAUUUUAUGAGUCAUAUUAUGAGCAUCCCUGUACAAUUGUGAGCGAACGGGACGUUUUAGACACUGAUAUCACAGGAAGGGAUUGGUUGUCGACCUUGAGGAGAAAGUGGUAUGAUCUCUUUCUCCUCUCAUAUUCCGAUAUAAGAGGAAGGGACUAUUAUUACAGUACUUGUGCCAUGAGGCUAAAUCGUAAAUAUCAUUUUCACAGACACCGAAAUACCAUCCAUCCGUUGAGUAAAUUUCGACUUUACUGGGACGUCUUCAUGCUUCACGCGUUAAUAUUGUAUAAACUUCACGUCUUCUGUAUGACCUCGUUAAUCGCAUGUACCCUGCCGCUAAUAGCAUAUUACCUCGCAAUACUAAUGGAACUGUUCAUGAUCCUAGAUAUAUUUAUCAAUACCCGCACGGGCUACAUAGAUAGCGUUCACAGAAAAGUGGUGCUAGAAGAAGAUAUGGCUUUCAAACACUACUGCUGUACCAAGCUGUGCUUCCAUGUACUCUCGUCUAUACCUGUCGUCUUCAUUACAUUUCUGCGAUACGGCAACAACAUAGAAUGUACUAUAUGCAAAGCUAAUCAUUUCAUUUGCAUGAUCAGUUUUUUGACAAUAUUCACCACAUUUAGAGUCUACGAGCUCUCUUCCUACUGGAACCUCAAAGCUGUGACGACAACGAAGACUACUGUUUGCCACUUUCUUCGAGUCGGUGUCAUUAUAACACUAGUUGUCAUACAAUUCGUACACUAUAGUGACACAGUUUCUUUAAUCACUUUAAUGAAUAACCCAGUAAAUGUCUCGCUGAGUUUAUUAAAUUACGACUUCUAUCAUAUUAUGUUCAUAAUGAAAUAUACAGCAGAAAGCAAUAAUUCAGAUAGUUUUUAUAUGAACGCACAAUUUUGGAGACUCGUCUCGUUCAUGUCGAGGCCGAAUUAUGACACCGUAUGGGAAGAUGACGGCGGUGAUUACAAAUUUUCAACUGUUCUCCCGCAUCCUUUAGCGAAGUUUUUAAAAUACACGCUAUUAGCCAUAUGCUGGUAUUGGGUACUAGUAGAACUGUAUCUCUACAUCACACAAGAUAAAUACUAUGACAGUGAGAUUUGUAUGAAAAGGGAUUAUCUAAUGAACCUAGUGAAGACUCUUCAGCUACCUGAUAGUACUAGUUUGAAAGUGAAGCAAUAUUUCGGAUUUGAAGCCGCGAAGCUAAAGUUGAUUGAGCAUAAACAUGGUCUAUACCGUGCACUGCCCAAAGCCUUGAAGGAUGAAAUAUCAUGGCAUUGCCGUCGUAAUUUAGUGAGGAUACCUUAUUUCAGCAAUUGGCCAAAAGAAAUCAUUGAAAAGAUCGUUAUGCUGGUGAAACAGCGUAUCUACUUGAGGGAGGACAUGAUUGCUGAGGUUGGAGCACAAAGCGAAGGUCUGGUAUUGGUGGAGGCCGGGGUGCUGGCGGUGUUCUCGGCACAGCACGAGGAGGUGGGGCACCUCAUUGACGGGGACUACUUCGGGGAGCUAUCGUUGGUUACCGACAGGGAGUUCAGGGCAUCUUCUGUGGUGGCAGCCUCUUCUUGCACGGUACUGCUGUUAGAAAAAUACCAAUUUAGGAUGGUGAUGAGAGACUACCCGCAAUUAUUUUAUUCACUGAAAGAAGCGUUGAAGAAAGAAUAUCGAUCAAAGAACACUAUUUCACCGAAGUUGUCCAAAUCCAAAAUCUGAAAAAUUGUGUACUAUACGCGAAUCCGUCCGCGGUUGAAAUGUAAAAACUAAUAAAAUAAUAAUAUUA